GUGCGCAUUCCUUCGAGGUUCCUUCCCUAGCGUUGCAAGGCAACCAAUAUGGCGCGGCAAGAUCGUGCUUGUGAGAACGAGGUUGUACGAUAAUGACAGAUCUAGUUCCCUGGUCCCUUAUGACCGGACUACAGUAUGUCAUAAUAAUACCCUAUUCUCAGUCAAAGGCUUGACAAGGAACCAGGCAUACCCCAUGCGUUUGUAUUGCAGGAUUGUGUACAUGUACAUUGUACAUCUACAUGAUUGUAUAUAUGUACACGGAUAUGUCUGGCCUGCAGGCUUGUGCGAGAUUCCUUGUCCCAUUUCGUGCCGGUUCUUUCUAUCACAAUGGCUUCUCCAAGCAAGACGCCCAGUGCAGAUGGCAUUGAUGCUCUCCAGCAUGUCCAAGGAAUAAUCAAAGAUGACCCUGACAGUUUCUGGAGUUCUCCAAGUAAGACAUCCGAUAGCAUUGAUGCUCUCCAAGGAAUAAUCAAAGAUGACCCUGACAGUGUCUGGAGUUCUCCAUGCACGACAUCCGAUAGCAUUGAUGCUCUCCAAGGAAUAAUCAAAGAUGACCCUGACAGUCCUCAGAGUUCUCCAAGCAAGAUGCCCAGUGUCGAUGGCAUUGAUGUUCUCCAAGGAAUAAUCAAAGAUGACCCUGACAGUUCCCGAAGUUGUCCUAGGAAAACGUCCCAUGCUGAUGAUCCCCUAGGCCAUAAAGGCAUAUUCAAAGGAGAGGAAUCCAACGGUUCCUUGAGUUCUCCAAGCAAGGUGUCCGGUGUUGAUGAUCUCCGAGGCAUACUCCAAGAUGACGCUGACAUGUCUGAAAGUUCCUGGAGUUCAUUUUCAGGAGAAAGUGGCUCUGAAUAUGAACCCUCCAUUCACUCAAGUCGGAGUGACAUCACUGUGGAGAGCGACACAGAGAGUGAAGAUUCUGAUGUGCCAUUGCCGCCGAAAAAGAAACGUCCAGUAAAAAUUUCACCAAAAGGACGACAACUGCCCUUUCCUCACAGACAGGGCCAUGUGAUCCGGCCACCAGCUAGGGCCCAGAAAACACAAACAGUGGCACUGGAUGGAACCAUUUGGUCCAACAAUCCAAGCCCAACUGCCAAAAUGGCAAGGCCCAACAUAUUGACCCAGAAAGCUGGCCCCAGAAAUGUUGGUGGAGCAACCACGCCAUUGGAGAUUUUCGAAUUGUUUUUUCCAGCGGCCAUGUUGCAUGUCAUCUUGCAACACACUAAUGCCCAAGGAGCAAUGAAGAGAGGAAAGGAGUGGAGGAAUGUGGCAUUGAUGGAGCUGUAUGCCUUCUUGGGUCUCUUGUUGUACCUCGGACUGACACAUUCGGGGCACGAAAGACAACGCUCUUUCUGGAGCCAAGGAUUCUUCUGCAAACCACUGUGCUUAGCUACCAUGAGCAGUACACGAUUCCAAGACAUCCUGACCAUGCUCAGAUUCGACAACAAGGCGACUCGGGCCCAGAGAAGAUCCACAGACAAGUUUGCUCCAAUCAGAGAUAUCUUUGAGAUGUUUGCUCGGGCCUGUCGCCGACACUACAGCCCCUCUGAAUGUGUGACCAUUGACGAACAGCUCGUUGCGUUUCGAGGACGGUGUUCCUUUCGGCAAUACAUGCCAAAAAAGCCAGCCAAAUAUGGACUGAAGUUUUGGGCGUCAGUGGACAGCACAUCCCACUACCUUCACAACAUUCAGCCUUACACUGGAAAGCGAUCCAACCGGGUAGAAUGCCAUCUGGGGGCCCGAGUUGUCAAGGAACUUGCUGAGCCAUUGUUUGGGACAGGACGGAACAUCACUGCCAACGAUUUUUUCGUCAGCAGUGACUUGGCCAACUACCUAUACACAAAGAACAUGACUCUUGUUGGAACAAUCAAAGGUAAUCGCCGUGAGGUUCCCUUGGAGAUGCAGAAGGGGAACAUACGGAAUCGGGCAACAAAAUCAUCACAGUUUCUGUUCUCUGACACAAUUCAUAUGUGCCCAAACCCAAGAAGAACAUCUUGCUCCUAUCAUCAAUGCAUCAUGACAUGGAAACACACCCAAUUUCGAAGAAACCAGACAUCUUGACAUACUACAACGCCACCAAGGCUGGUGUACACACUUUUGAUCAGAUGUGCUCCCUUUACAACUCUGCCCGCACCACCACACGCUGGCCGCUGAUGGUAUUUUACCACCUUCUAAACUGUGCUGCUAUCAACAGCUUCAUCAUCUAUCUCCAAGUGAACCCCAGUCUGCAUGGUGAGCAAAAAACCUGUCACAACUUCAUCCACCAGCUUGUCAGGGCCUUGGUCAACCCACAGGUGACGAUGCGCCUGGCCCAGCCCCAACGACUGCCAAAGAAUGUGCUGAGAGCCAUGGAAAUUGCAGGAUUUGUUGUCCAGUACCCAACCCCGGCACCUGUUAGACCCAGCGAGUUUCGUCCAAAGAGAAGAUGUGCUUUCUGUACCCGGAGCAACAGGAGGCAAACAACACAUCUGUGCAGUGAAUGCAACAGAUUUUCUUGCAAGAUGCACAGUGUGAACAAGACGACCACCAUCAUUACCUGUUUGCAGUGCCAGUCAGUAGACUAGAGCGUCUGUAAAAACCUGGUAACAGAUGAACACUUAACCACAUUUCCUGUCCUAAGUUUUUGUCUCUCCAUUUUGAGUAAAAUCUAAGGAGACACAAAUUGUGGCACCAGGACAAGAAAUGGCUGUUGGGCAUCAAUUUAGUGUUAUUGUCUUUGAGAUUAGUUUUAGUUUUUUUUUUUUUUUUUUACAGUUUGAGUGUUAUUGUUUUUUUAGUUUACCUUUUAGUCUUAUUGCAUUUAGUUAACAGUGUGUGUUUCCCAAAGAUCAAAUUGAUUGUUUGUUCCUUUUAUAAGAAUUUCACACACAUCCACUAAAAACCGAAGAGAUAUUGAAACAAUAUACAAUUACCAAACUUAUAACAUUCACUUCACUUAAAACUGGAGAUACACAUGUAUUGAAAUGAUAAGCCAAACUGAUACCUACAUGUAACUUAAAACUGGAGAGACACUGAAACAAUAUACCAAACUUACACUUAACUCACACAAGCAGCAGAUGAGCCAUGGACAUCAAGACAAUGAAGAAAUAAAAGCUGCUCCCAUUGUCAGUUGGGUACCUAUAGUAUUAGUCUGGCAUAUCAUUUCAAUAUCUCUCCAGCUUUUGGUGGAUGUGUGUGAAGUCUCCUGUAUUUUGCAUGCCCCUGACCACACAGCAUCCAAGUGAAGAGUGCAGGUCAACUUUGUCACCAGUCAAUUCGGUCUUAAAUCAACUCUGUCUCAAGUAAUUGCAGUCCACAAUCAACUCGGUCCCCAUGGGAAAAUAUAUGGGACGUGGUUCAAAGUAGUGAUUUGAUUGGUUUAAGGUGCCACAAACACGUACCAGGGUUUUGAUUUUUUGAUUUAAAUCAGAUUUUUAAAAAUGUAAAUCAGAUUUUUUAAAAUUUGAG